AGCCCUAUAAAUACGGGCGCCGCAGCCAUCUUAGACGCAGUUCACUUUUCAGCGGAUAGGAAGUAGCGUGGUAGAAAUGCCUGAGCCGGCUAAGUCUGCGCCCGCCCCCAAGAAGGGCUCCAAAAAGGCGGUCACCAAGACCCAGAAAAAGGGCGACAAGAAGCGCAAGAAGAGCCGCAAGGAGAGCUACUCGAUCUACGUGUACAAGGUGCUGAAGCAGGUGCACCCCGACACGGGCAUCUCGUCCAAGGCCAUGGGCAUCAUGAACUCGUUCGUCAACGACAUCUUCGAGCGCAUCGCCGGCGAGGCGUCGCGCCUGGCGCACUACAACAAGCGCUCGACCAUCACGUCGCGGGAGAUCCAGACGGCCGUGCGGCUGCUGCUGCCCGGCGAGCUGGCCAAGCACGCGGUGUCGGAGGGCACCAAGGCGGUCACCAAGUACACCAGCUCCAAGUAGAGUGGUCCUGAUUCUUACUUUGAACCCAAAGGCUCUUUUCAGAGCCACCCACAUGUUCCUUGAAAGAGCUUUAACACAGCAUGUUUCCAUGUCUUACUGGUUUGAAGGCUUAAAUAAGAUGCGAUUAUUUCAUCUGGA